UCCCUGGUGAAAUUCUUCACUGUGCAUGGCCGCCGCGGGCGUUAUCGUUUCCAUGACAGCGAACAAUUGUUUUUCGUUUAUUUAGACAUGGCAUCCGAACAGUGGUUGUCAAUGAUAGAAAAGGCAAAGAAAACAGCAAUAAUACAAGAAGGGAAGAGGAAAGUACACUUUUUACUGGAAGAUGGCAGGGAAAUGGUUGAAGAGUAUAAUUUGGACACAAAUGUUCUAACUCGACGAACCUGGCGAGAAAAAGGGAAAUUGGGUCAAAACACAGGUUGGAGCGUUGAAAUAGGCGAUCCGGAACCAAAGCAAGAAGAAAAUCUAUCGAUAACUGGCAUUCGAGAAUCCCCUAAUGGUCCUAUGAUUACAAGACGGAUAACAAAAACCGCCUUAGAAUGGAGAAUAAGAAAUUUGCCUUAUGCCAAAGAUGUUUACAGUAUAACAGCUGAAGAAGAUAGCACGAUAACGAUACGCACGAGUAAUAAAAAAUAUUACAAAAAAAUUAGAGUGCCCGAUUUAGAAAGGGUGGGACUGAAACCAGAGCAGGAACGGAUAUCGUGGACACAUCAAUUCAAUACUUUGAUAAUAACUUACAAAAAGCCCCCACUCGUUUUGGAUUUGGAGAAAAAAGUUCUUCAAGAAGUGCUUCAACUUAAGGCACUGAAAGACGGGGAUGUUCAAUGUCCUACCAGUUAAAACCAUUGCGUGCUAAUAAUGUUAUUCUGAAAUAUGUAUGCAUUAUAAGUGAUUAUUACCAUAAACUAAAAUUGUAAGUUUUAUAAUUAAAAACUUCUAUUUCUUUUUCCUCA